AUGAGUAAUAAAGAUGAACAUCAACAAAUGCAAAUAAAGAUACUAUAUUCUUUUGAUGAUAAUGCAACAACUUUUUUAUGUCGAUCAACUCAACAAUUUGCCGUUCAAACAGUUGAAGUACCAAUUCAAUAUUCAAUUAAUGAUGAACCAGAAAUAAUAACAUUGGGAGCAUUUGAAUUAAAAGAUUGUAUUAAACAAUUAUUACAAACUAAUCCUGAAAAUUUUAAAUUACAUUCAGAAGAUUAUGCUUUAUAUUAUAAAGAUAUAACUGAACAACCUGAUGAACCAUUUGUAUCAAAUGGAGUAUUAUCAAAAUUAUUAUCAUCAAAUGACUCAUGUUUAAUACCUGGAAGAGUUUGUCAAAAUGUUUCUGCAAAUUUUUUAUUUGGAAAUAAAUCAAAUAUAUCAUCAUUAACAUUAGAAAUUAGAUUAAAAUUACAUACUAUUGAAGCAACUCCAAUAAAACAAUUGCCACCAAAACAGCCGAAUCAACAACAACGUCAACCAUUAUCAACAAUAAAUACAUCACAAAUGGAAAGAAAAAGACCUUAUGAAUCAAUUCAUAAAUCUUCAAAUUCAGUACCUGCUGCUAAAGCAACUAGAACUCUUUCUUUGCCAUUAUAUUCAAAUAUUCAAAAUAUACAACAAGCAGAUAAGACUUCUGCACGCUACAAUAGAGAAAAUGUUGAAAAUAGAUUUAAACUGGCACCAUUUUAUCAAGAAAAAGUAGUCGAUAAGAAUGAAAGGAAACAACAAAAAAAUUACUCAAAUCAAUCACCUUCACAAUCAACGAUGAAAUCACAAUUGCUACCUCAAAGAGCCGUGCGUACUAGAUCAAUGCUUACAACCACUCCAUUAGUUAUAUCUUCCCCUAUUAAUGAAGAGAAUUAUUCAUCUGAUGAUCCUGAAUAUAGAGUUGGUAAUAAUACUAAUGAAGAAAAUGUACAAGAGGAAGACGACGAAGAAGAAGGGACUGAAUCUCAAGCUGAUACAACUUCACCAUACACUCCACAACAACCUCCAUAUAUUCCUGAUAAUAAUGAUAAUAAUGAUUCCAAAGAUACCCCACCAGAAGAUUCUAAUGAUGAUAAUGAUUCCAAAGAUACACCACCAGAAUUACCAGAAGAUCUCGAUAGCAAAAGAACUCAUACCAUCCCUAAUGCAAAAUUACCAAAAAAUCAUGGACUUGUAUGUAUUAAUCGAUGUUGCCAAACUCAAACUUCAAUUGCUUGGAAAUAUUUUGAACUUGAAGUUAACACACAAAUAUCACAAUUAAUUAGAGCUAAAGAAUUUGAUAAAAAGAAUUAUGAAGGAAUGUUAGGACCAUUAUGUAAUGCUUGUUUCUUAUUUUAUAAAAAUAAAGGAUUUAUGAGACCUGAACAUGUUGUUAAAAAAUAUAAUCAACAACAAAAAUAUACUCAAAAAAUAAAAUUGAAAAGUACAAAUAAUGCAAAAGAAGAUGAUACAAUUAGAAAUUCAUUAAAUAGUAUUGCUAGUGCUAGAAAAAAUAAUCAUCAUCAUCAUCAAACUUCAUCUCCUGCUACAUUUCCAACUCCUUCUCAUACCCCAUCUGCUAUUAAUCAAGUGAUACAAAAUAAAUAUCAUAAUAACAAUAAUAACAAUCAUUAUAAUCAAUCAAAUUCAAAUUCAAUUCCAUCUGGUCAAACACCUGAUUAUCAUGAUUUAUUAAAUCAAUUAAAUGUAUAUGGAGGUCCAUCAACGGAUAUAGAUCCAUUACCUAAUGCAACACCACCAAUGAUUGCCACAAAAUCAAAUACCCGUGUUAUAAAUCUUGAAGAAACUGAUGAAAGAAAAGCAACAAGAUUAAAUACAAAAAUUAUACCAAUUUUUAAUGAAGAAGAUAAAGAAAAUCAACCUCCUCCUAUUAAUUUAACAAAUGCUUCAGCAACAAAUACAUUAAAUGAAUUUGAUGCAAUAUUACAAUCAAUUCAUGAAGAUUCAGAUAGCAAUUGGAUGAAUUUUUUAACUCAACCAUCAUCAUCAUCUCAAAUAAAACAUGAAACUAGUCCAAAUUCAAAAACUCCAGUUGAUCAGUUACAAAAUUUAAUAACUACUAAAAAGAAAAAUAAUAAUAAUUCUCCUGAUUCUUCAAAACUGUCAUUAGUUAAUAAUAUGCCAAGUUCUCCAUACCUAUCUAAUCAUUUAAAUUUAAAUGAUGAAGAAUCAAAUGAAUUAAAUGAUGAAUUAAGUCAAUUGGUAAAUUCUGAAUUUAAAAUUAACAUGAAUCAACAAUCACAAGACCCACAACAACAAAAUAAAUCACGUCAACAUUUAAAUUCUUCAUCACCAAAUACAGCUAGUAGAAAUAAUACAACAAAUUCAUUAUUAAAUUGGCAAUCUCAUAAUACUAUUAAUAAAGAUCUUGGUUCAACUCCAAAUACUGAUUUUUUUUCAAAUGAUGAUUUACAUAAUGAUGAUAAUAAUGAAAUGAUUAAUAAUAAUAAUAAUAAUAAUAAUGGUUCAAAACACAAAGGGUAUAGUUCUAAUGUUGAUUUAUCUAAAAAAUCUAUUCAUACUUGA